AUGGCCGCUACAACAGAUCCCCUUCACGACACGAUCCUGGAUCUCGAAGAUCAGACUUGGAAAGCACUGCAACGCACUGGCGCUGCCCUGAUCCCAUUCUUGUCAAAAGACUGCCAGAUGCUCUUCCCGAUGGGAGUUCGAGUCACUGCCACAUCGACCCCGAACCUCAAAGAAGUGAUGACAAGCGAAGCUUUCGUGCCAUGGGUGUCGUAUGAUAUGCAUGAGGUCCUAGUCACGGAACUGGGUCCCGAUACGGCUCUCAUCACUUACAAGGUGCAAGCUCUGCGACCGCAAGUGGGUGCUCCUGAUGAUGGACAACCAUUCAAGGCCCUGAUAGCCAGCGUCUGGAGGAGGAGCCCCGGGGCUGACUGGUUGAUGGUACUUCAUCAGCAGACGCCUUAUUCGGAGCUCGUGGAGGAAUAG